CUCGGAAGCCUCGCGAGAUUUCUCGGCGGGAUUUUGCUGUUUUCAACAUGGCAGGCAGCAAGUUGGUGCUAGAAGGGAGGAUAAGUAUUAUUAGCUUUAUAUCAGGACUGGCCGUCAUUAUAAUACCGUUACUUGUAAAAUUCGGAUCUCACAUUGACUGGAUAUUCGAUUACCUCACGGAUGUGAACGGAAAAAUAGCCAUUGCGGCGUACAUUACAGUUAUCAAUGGCUUCCUGCUAAUCAUAUACAAGGGACCUUUAUACAAGGUUGCUGUUCGAGCCUGCUUUCUUGGAUUUGCCUUUGGAUGUGGUCUCAUUUUAAGUUUUGCAGAUACAGCAUGGACACACUUUGGCUGGUAUAUGUGUUCACUGUCAUUUUUCCACUACUCUGAGUACCUGGUGACUGCCAUCAUCAACCCACGCAGUCUGUCUCUAGACUCCUUCCUGCUCAACCAUAGUAUUGAGUACACAUUAGCAGCUAUUUCCUCCUGGAUAGAGUUCACUGUGGAAAUACUCCUUAUUCCAGAGAUAAAGCAGCUGAACUGGCUCUGUUUGGUGGGUCUGGUAAUGGUUCUGUGUGGGGACAGCCUGCGCAAAGCUGCCAUGUUGACGGCAGGGUCCAACUUUAACCAUAUAGUGCAGAAUGAGAAAGCCCAGAGCCACGUGCUGGUCACCACAGGAGUUUACGCUCUCUUCAGACAUCCUUCCUAUGUGGGCUGGUUUUACUGGAGCACUGGCACUCAGAUAAUGCUGUGCAACCCGAUAUGUAUACUGGGAUAUACAGUCGCCAGCUGGCGGUUCUUUCGAGAGCGUAUUGAGGAAGAGGAGCUUUCUCUCAUCCAUUUCUUUGGAGAGGACUACGUUGAGUACAAGAAGAAGGUCUUCACUGGCUUGCCCUUUAUCUCAGGAAUCAGGGUUAACUCUUAAGGCCAUUGCUGCAUUGAAGGGAGGAAAUAGUCUGAAAGUGCACACCUGGACACCUCUGACUGGCACUCGAGUGAGCUAGUUGCCUGGUGGCAUCAUGGCGCGGUCCCUGGGGCCGGCACAGAUAUAUGAGGUGGCAGCACGGUAAAACUGACCCUGUUCUGAGACAUAUUGGUCUGCCCUGAGCAGAGUGGAGCUUCCACCUUCAACACCAUCAGAGAUACUAGUACACCAAAACCACCUUCCUCAGCACUUUUCUCAUCAUAUUUCUGUUCUGCCUAACUCCUCCUCUGUUACAUACCUCAUAUAUCAUUUUUCCUCCUAUUUGCGCCAUGUAGUUUCUUUCCAUUUUAAAUCCCUUGGUUUUGUGUUUAGAAACCUUAGGGGUGAGAUUCAGGACAAGGGUUUGUUACUAAUUUCUAAUUACAAACAGAGAUUUCAGUAGAUGUUUAAAAUACCUUGAUGUAAAGAGUUGUAUUCAGAGAAGUUUUAAAUUGGACCCAAGAUAUAUUUACAGCAGUGGCCAUCCAUUUUGUGUAAAAAAUAGUUUAUGAUGUCUCAGAAAGUAGGCUUUUUAUUUGCACUAAUUUUGCCAGUCACAACAGGCCUAAUGAUUCCCGACAAUCUAAAUGAAUAUCUGUGAUUUGUCAAUGCUGUUGGACAGUUUUAAUAUUAUGAUUAGAGAAAUAAACGUAUCUGAUAAAUUAUAGGCUUAA